GUAUGGUACAUACCACACCACGGGGUGUACCACCCCAAAAAGAGGAAGCUUCGAGUGGUGUUUGAUUGUGCAGCUACGUACCAAGGCGUAUCCCUCAACACAGAGCUGCUACAGGGUCCGGAUCUGACCAAUUCACUUGUCGGAGUCAUUUGGAGAUUCCGCAAAGAAUCCAUUGGCAUUAUGGCGGACAUCAAGUCAAUGUUUUAUCAGGUUAGAGUAGAACAGUCAGGAAGGGACUACUUGCGCUUCCUGUGGUGGCCUCAAGGUGACACCAGUCAAGCCCCGAAAGAAUACCGUAUGCUUGUACACAUAUUCGGUGCUGUGUCCUCCCCCAGUUGUGCAAGUUUUGCAUUGCGAAAAACUGCCGAUGACCAUGCAAGCUGUUUCCCCCCUCAAGUAGCUGAAACAAUCCGGCACAACUUUUAUGUGGAUGAUUGUGUGAAAUCAAUGGCCAAAGAGUCCGAAGCCAUCCAGCUCGUAAAGGACCUCACUGCACUAUGCAGCAAAGGGGGAUUCCAGCUAACUCAAUGGGUCAGCAAUAGCAGAGCAGUUUUAGCAUCUAUCCCGAAAGAACAUAGGGCCAAGGAAAUCAAAACACUGGAUCUUGACAAAGACAGCCUACCCACUGAAAGGGCCCUGGGACUGCAGUGGUGCGUGGACUCUGACAAAUUCCAGUUUGACAUCAAUUUAAGCCAGAAGCCACAUACCCGCAGAGGAAUACUGUCUGUUGUGAGUUCCAUUUUUGAUCCCCUCGGCUUUCUUGCUCCUCUCAUUCUCCCUGCCAAGUAG